AUGGCCCGGCUUCACCACCUGUCUCUCGUCGCCAUCUCCCUCCUCCUCCUGCUGCUACCCGUCCUCGCAGCAGCAGCAGCGGAGGAGCCGGACAUCAGGAUCAGCGUGCAGUACCCCACCGAGGAGGAGGCGCGGUGGCUGGACCGCUGGUCGGAGAAGUGCCAGGCGCAAGGCGCCGGCUCCGGCUUCUCGGUCCACCCGGCCACCGAAGAGGAGUCGGCGUACCUGAACAGCAUCUUCGACAACGGCAGGAAGAGAGCGGCAAGUGGUGGCCACUCCCACGACGGCGGUGGCGUACGCGCCGGCUUCGACGGCCACAUCGAGUUCGACGACGACGACCAUCCGUAUGCAUGUUACUGA